AUGGGGUGUUCUGUCACAAAAACUAAAGUAGAGUAGAACCUAUAGGCAUCUACAAAAGAUAAAUUCGAAUAAUAUUUGUUGACUCAAAGCUUGAUGCAUUCACCGCCAAUACCAAGAGGCAAAUAAUUUUCAAUCGAAAAGAACCCAAUUAUUUAAAGAAGAAGAUUAAUGUCUUAACAAAAGACGAGAACUCGUUCAGAGAUUGACAAAUAGACUUCUUCUGUUUGA